ACCACUUACCGGCAUAACCGCUACCGCGCCUACGUUAAGUUACAAUUAACGUUGUUAAUUGGUUUUAAUGUUAGCUGGAGGUUGUGUGCUCCCGCUCUUUCCUUUCGCCUUCUAUAGCCAGUUACCUGGGUCGGUGGUGGCGCUGCGCCGCUACGGCCGUUAGAUCAAAGCGGCCGCCGCCUUGCACGCGCCGACGUUUGCGCUCGGCACUGUUCCUGUGCCCGCGCUUGGUUUGCUUUUUGUUCUGCAUUUGCAUUUGUCUGUCACUGCAUAUCUGUUCGUUUGCGCGCGAGUGAUUUGUUCUUUUCAAGUUCUUCAAUUUUCGAACUUUUCGCGUCUCGAUAGAACGUUUACUGCUGAUUGAACGAACCAACAUGCCUCCUACACGCAGAGGAAGAGGACGUGGGAGAAUCGGCACGAAUUCUACGCGCGGACAGAGGAAUCCAACGCGGCCGGGUCCCCGCCGCCUGCGUUCACAAGUAGUGGUCCCAGCUACUACCACGUUCACAUCAAGCACCGACGACAGUAUCCGAGCGCUAGCGGAGCAAGUGGCUGCUUUACAGCAGACGGUCUCCACUUUGCAGCCAAGUGGCGGAUUAGCGAGUUUGACUGUCCCUCCGGCUGGAUCCCGCUCAUUGUCAGAAUCCUCAAAUCGGAUCGUCGCUGGCACCGGUAAGCAACCAAUAGCUCAGAUAACUAUUGAUAGCGCUCCAGAGCCGAAGAAUAAUUCCCGUCAUCCGGGAGAGCCUGCCGCCUCUUCAGCUUUCAAAGAUAUGCAAGCCGUCAACCCUAAACUGCGAGAAACUCUUCUGGACCACACUCAGUUUGUCGAUUUUGUGGACCUGCUGCCACAGAAUCGCGUGCCGUCCAAGCGUCCCCAAACUGGCACAAAGAUGAUGCACGACCCAGCCACAGGUGAAGCGGUUUUCAUGCCAUCAGUUAAAAAAGAGCAAAUCACGAACUAUGCCAGCUGGUCUCGAGCGUUUGGAGUCUUUGUCUCCUAUCGCACGCUUAACCACCCCGAGUUCACGGUUCCCUUUAUGAAAUACAUGGAUCUCAUUGCGUUGUUUUCCGAUCCGGACCGCGGGUACAGCUUCAACCACGUCCUCAAGUACGACAUGCAAUUUCGGAAUUACGCCGCCAACAAUCCGUACGACACGGAUAUUUGGACGCGACGCCACGAAGAGUCGUUUCAAGAGUGUAUCGCUAAUCCCAAGAUAUCCACCUCUAAGGCGGCUAGCACUAGCGGUUCGGCUCGUCACGCGACGCUCCAGUGCGGACGCUGCAAAGGGGUUGGACAUAUUCAGAAGGAUUGUAAACAGCCCUUUCGAGGCCGCCCUGCUGCAGAGGGGGAAAUCUGCAACCUCUUCAAUAAGGGCAUUUGCUCAACGCCAUGCCGCCGCGAACGCGUCCACGAAUGCAGCGAGUGUCAGUCGCUCAGCCAUGGAGAGUACAGUUGCCCACGCCGCAGUGGCCACGACGUCAAACGGGAGUGACCUUCGCACCCCACUUCGGCCACACGUGUUUGCCAAAUACCUCGUCGAUCAUCCUAAUCGGCAAUACGUAACCGGCCUGAUCGGCAUGCUGACCAACGGAGCUGACCUUGGCUACACGGGCCCGC